UCUGAAGCUGGCCCUACACGCUGCAUUCAUGUAUGCGGCUACAAAUGACAGCUACACAUUUUCCUUUGUUUUAUUUGUCAAAUGUAGCUACACGAUGUAGCUAUCGUUUGGGACCUUUUCAAUCCGUGUAUGUUCAGCUGUCAUAUUGUGGUUGUCAAACAUAUGGAAAAAUGGAAAUAAAUCAACUUCUUCCAACUUUAGCGGCUGAAGUGGCUACUCUCAUGUUGAUACUCAUAGAAGAGGAAGGCGAAGAACUGCAGCAAGAGGAAAAUGCACGGCGCUGCUGGAUGACCGAUCUAUUUCUGGAGAGGGAAAGCGUUUGGACCCGGCUGUUUAGGGCGAUAGAUGGCGAAGGACCAAACAACCGGCUAGAAAGUUUUCUACGUGUGAAUCGCGAAGAAUUUUACUAUCUUUUAAAUAGGAUUGGUCCAAAAAUUGAGCGACAAGAUACAACGAUGCGACCUUCGAUCUGCCCGAAGCAACGAUUAUGCAUCGGGCUUCGCUUUUUAGCUUCGGGAGACUCAUAUGAAUCUCUUGCUUUUUUGUUUAGGGUUUCUAGCAGUUCCGUAUCCCGUAUUGUGCGUGAUGUUUGUACAUACAUAAUAAAUGAAUUGAAGGAAUACGUUAAGGUAUUAUUUCACUGAUUUAAUAUGGUAACAAUUCCAUACUAAUACUCUCUUCUUACUUAUAAGAUGACCACUUUAUCUAAGCUGUUUGUAUAUAUAGUAAUUUUAAGUUUGGUUUCGUUUUCUGGUGCUCGUGUUAUUAAAGUCUAUUUUUCUAAAACUAAUAUAUUGCCUAAAAACUGCUGUUAUACUAUUUAACAAAUGAACUUGUUGCAAUAAACAACUAUUCAGGUCAUGUCACUAACGUAA